ACUGAUUAUACAACUUGCUUCUUGGUGCUGCUAUAAGUAACCUAGUGCCGAUUGUGGUCACUCACACCACCAAAAGUCUUACCCAUCAAGCAACACCUUCUUUCGGCUUCCCUCAUUUGUCAUAAACCCUACGAAACCCUACAACUUUCCACCCAAAGAUCAGGUCUGAUUCUUUGAACACAUGAUUUCAUAGAGUGCUAUAGAAGUUGGAUUCCUUUUGUCAACAUUCACUUUUUUUGUCCUAUAUAACCAUAAACCAACUUCUUCUUCUAGUUAUAACUCACUAUCCAUGGGACUAUCUUUCUGCACUUUUCUCCUCUUUUUCUUCCCCCUUUACGUCCAUUUUAGUUCUGUUAACUCCCGAUCACUCGAUCACAUUUCCCCAUCACCAUCUCCUUCUCCGGAACCAGCAAUGAUCCCCAAGAAUCAGUAUUUACAUGUUCUUGAUGUGAGGUCGUUCGGGUCCGUAGGUGAUGGGGUGACGGAUGACACACAAGCUUUCAAAAUGGCGUGGGAUUCAGCUUGUCAAAACGACGAACCCACGAUCCUUCUUGUUCCAAAGCAUUAUACUUUCUUGAUACAAUCUACCAUUUUCACUGGAAGUUGUGGGAAUAGGGUUGUGUUUCAGAUUGAAGGGACAAUUACGGCACCAGAUGGACCAAGUUCGUGGCGGAAAGGUAAUAGCAUGAGACAAUGGCUGGUGUUUUAUAGGGUAAAUGGCAUGUCUCUACAAGGUGGUGGAGUUAUUGAUGGAAAAGGAGAAAAGUGGUGGAAUCUUCCUUGCAAACCUCACAAAGUAUGA